AUGACAGAAAUCUCUGACGGAAAACAUCCUCAACUUGAGAGACCUUUAUGUGCAAAGAGAACUCCUCAAUUUAUAGAUAUUGAUCCAUUAAAGCGACCAUUAACUGAUGAUUUAAGAUCAACUUUUGCUUAUUGCUGA